AUGGCGCACGCUGGCGGCUGCGGCGGCUCCGGGGGCCGGGGGCUGAGUGGCGCCCGCUGGGGUCGCUCGGGCUCGGGGGGCCACGAGAAGCUGCCGGUGCACGUGGAGGACGCCCUCACCUACCUGGACCAGGUGAAGAUCCGCUUCGGCAGCGACCCCGCCACGUACAACGGCUUCCUGGAAAUUAUGAAGGAGUUCAAAAGCCAAAGCAUCGAUACUCCUGGAGUCAUCCGACGAGUCUCACAGCUCUUCCACGAACACCCUGAUCUCAUUGUUGGAUUCAACGCUUUCCUUCCCCUGGGUUACAGAAUCGACAUUCCCAAGAAUGGCAAGUUAAACAUUCAGUCACCUCUGUCCAGCCAGGAGAAUUCGCACAACCACAGCGACUGUACUGAGAACUACAAACAACAGCUGCUGUACAAAGAGGACAAGCCCCAGGUGCCCUUGGAGUCGGAUUCUGUGGAGUUCAACAACGCCAUCAGCUAUGUGAACAAGAUUAAGACCCGCUUUCUGGACCACCCUGAGAUCUACAGGUCAUUCCUGGAGAUCCUGCAUACUUACCAGAAAGAGCAGCUGGGCACAAAGGGCCGGCCCUUCCGAGGCAUGUCUGAAGAGGAGGUGUUCACCGAGGUGGCAAACCUCUUCCGGGGCCAGGAGGACCUGCUCUCAGAAUUUGGACAGUUCCUGCCUGAAGCCAAGCGGUCCCUGUUCACAGGAAAUGGGCCCUGCGAAAUGAACAGUGUCCAGAAGAGUGAGCACGAGAAGAACCUGGAACACAGCAAAAAGCGCUCCCGGCCCUCUCUCUUCCGUCCUGUGUCAGCACCGGCCAAGAAGAAAAUGAAGCUUCGUGGUACCAAGGACCUGUCCAUCGCUGCUGUGGGGAAGUACGGGACUCUGCAGGAGUUCUCCUUCUUUGACAAGGUGCGCAGGGUCCUGAAGAGCCAGGAGGUCUAUGAGAACUUCCUUCGCUGCAUCGCACUCUUCAACCAGGAGCUCGUGUCCGGCUCCGAGCUCCUCCAGCUCGUCAGCCCGUUCUUAGGGAAAUUUCCUGAACUUUUUGCACAAUUCAAGUCCUUCCUGGGGGUGAAGGAACUAUCAUUCGCCCCGCCCAUGAGCGACAGAUCUGGGGAUGGAAUAAGCCGGGAAAUCGACUAUUCAUCUUGCAAGCGGAUUGGAUCCAGCUAUCGGGCGCUCCCCAAAACUUAUCAGCAGCCCAGGUGCAGUGGGAGGACGGCCAUCUGCAAGGAGGUGCUGAACGACACCUGGGUCUCGUUCCCGUCUUGGUCAGAGGACUCUACCUUUGUCAGCUCUAAGAAGACACCCUACGAGGAACAGCUGCACCGCUGUGAGGACGAGCGUUUUGAGUUAGACGUCGUCCUGGAGACCAACCUGGCCACCAUCCGAGUGUUAGAAAGCGUGCAGAAGAAGCUGUCCCGGAUGGCGCCGGAAGACCAGGAUAAGUUCCGGCUGGACGACUGUCUGGGGGGCACGUCGGAGGUGAUCCAGCGUCGCGCCAUCCACCGCAUCUACGGGGACAAGGCUCCUGAGAUCAUCGAGAGCCUCAAGAAAAACCCUGUCACCGCUGUCCCGGUCGUUCUCAAAAGGCUGAAGGCCAAGGAGGAGGAGUGGCGGGAGGCCCAGCAGGGCUUCAACAAGAUUUGGCGGGAGCAGUAUGAGAAGGCAUACCUCAAGUCCCUGGACCACCAGGCAGUGAACUUCAAGCAGAACGACACCAAGGCCCUUCGCUCCAAGAGCUUGCUCAAUGAGAUUGAGAGUGUCUAUGAUGAGCACCAGGAGCAGCACUCGGAGGGCCGCAGCGCCCCUUCCAGUGAACCACACCUGAUCUUCGUGUACGAGGACAGGCAGAUCCUGGAGGAUGCGGCCGCUCUCAUCAGCUACUACGUGAAGCGGCAGCCAGCCAUCCAGAAGGAGGACCAGGGCACCAUCCACCAGCUGGUGCACCAGUUUGUGCCCAGUCUCUUCUUCUCCCAGCACCUGGACCUAGGGGCAUCUGAGGACUCCGCUGACGAGGGCCGGGGGAGCCCCCAGGGGCAGAGUGCGGAACCUGGUGACCGGAAGAAGCCAGCGCCGGGGCCACAGAGCAGCCCCCCGGUGGAGAAGGGGCCCACCAGCGAGGGCUCCACCCCUGAUCAACAGCCACCGCCGCCACCACCACCGCCACCUCCGCCGCCAUUACCACCACCACCACAGCAGCCCAUGGAUGACGUCUACAGCCUCUUCUUCGCCAACAACAACUGGUACUUCUUCCUGCGUCUCCACCAGACCCUGUGCUCCCGGCUCCUGAAGAUCUACCGCCAGGCGCAGAAGCAGCUCCUGGAGUACCGGACGGAGAAGGAGAGGGAGAAGCUGCUCUGCGAGGGCCGGCGGGAAAAGGGCAAUGACCCCGCCAUGGAGCUGCGGCUGAAGCAGCCCAGUGAGGUGGAGCUGGAGGAAUACUACCCGGCCUUCCUGGAUAUGGUGCGUAGCCUGCUUGACGGUAGCAUCGACCCCACGCAGUACGAGGACACGCUGCGCGAGAUGUUCACCAUCCACGCCUACGUCGGCUUCACCAUGGACAAGCUGGUGCAGAGCAUCGCGCGCCAGCUGCACCACCUCGUGAGUGACGACAUCUGCCUGAAGGUGGUGGAGCUCUACCUGAACGAGAAGAAGCGGGGCGCCGCCGGGGGCAACCUGUCCUCCCGCUGCGUCCGCGCCGCCAGGGAGACCAGCUACCAGUGGAAGGCCGAGCGCUGCAUGGCUGAUGAGAACUGCUUCAAGGUGAUGUUCCUUCAGCGCAAAGGGCAGGUGAUUAUGACCAUUGAGCUCCUGGACACCGAGGAAGCGCAGUCGGAAGACCCUGUGGAGGUGCAGCACCUGGCUCGGUACAUGGAGCAGUACGUGGGGACCGAGGGUGCGUCCAGCUCCCCCACCGAGGGCUUCCUCCUGAAGCCCGUGUUCCUGCAGAGGAACCUCAAGAAAUUCCACAGGUGGCAAUGUGAGCAGGUGCGGGCCCUGCGCGGUGAGGCCAAGAGCUCCUGGAAGCGGUUGGUGGGGGUGGAGAGCGCCUGCAACGUGGACUGCCGCUUCAAGCUCAGCUCCCACAAGAUGAUGUUCAUUGUCAACUCCGAGGACUACAUGUACCGCCGGGGGACCCUUUGCCGAGCCAAACAGGUACAGCCCCUGGUUCUGCUGCGGCACCACCAGCACUUUGAGGAAUGGCACAGCCGCUGGCUGGAGGACAACGUGACUGUGGAGGCAGCUGGCCUGGUGCAGGACUGGCUGAUGGGCGAAGAGGAUGAGGACAUGGUGCCCUGCAAGACGCUCUGCGAGACGGCCCAUGUGCAUGGCCUGCCUGUGACCCGCUACCGCGUGCAGUACAGCCGCCGCCCUGCCUCCCCCUGA